UCAAAGUUUGCUUUGAUAUACUUUAGACGCCACUUUCUGCUUAUUUGUUUUUCCCUUAAGCAUGUAAAUGAUUAAGUUGUCGCUGCAUGGUCAUAUCUAAUGUUUUACUGACCAUUUGAAUACACACGGCUCUUUACAAAGAAAGAAAAACACACUUUUGUCUUAUAAACAGUCCCUUUGACAUAAGAAUGCACGUUAAAUGCGUUAAGAGAAAAAUAAUUCCUUUAAUUCUAAGUAUAUAUUUGAUAUGUUAUGGUGAGGACACUGUUAAAAUCAACAUUUUGUAGUGUGUUCGUAUUACUGAAGGUGGAUCACACUGAUGAACAGAAAAUGGCGGCGGGAUUUAACUGGUUUCUGGUACUGAGCUCCGUGUUUCUGUGCAAUCUGGUCAAAUCAUUCUUGCCGGCUAUUUCUUCAUUCCUGUCAAAGAUUUUUCAGAAAGAUGCUGAUCAAGAGAUGGAGAUGCGGACAGAGAUCCAGAACAUGAGGAUGGAGCUGUCCACCAUCAGCAUGAUGGAUGAGUUCGCCAGAUAUGCUAGGCUGGAGCGCAAAAUCAACAAGAUGACUGAUCAACUUAAGACGCUAGUCAAAUCAAGAACUGCACAGCAAUCAAAAAUGAAAUGGACAGUGAAAAUUGUAUUUUACAUUCUUCAGGCGGCUCUCAUGAUCUCUAUCAUAUUGAAGUAUUAUGCUGAGCCGGUCACAGUGGUGCCCAGUAAAUGGAUUGCUCCACUGGAGAAACUAGUUGCCUUUCCAUCUGGAGUCGCAGGUGGUGUUGGGAUCACAUGCUGGCUAGUUGUCUGCAACAAGGUGGUCGCCAUUGGUCUACAUGCUGUCAGUUGAACUCAUUAUCAGUAUUAUAUCAUGAAUGUGCUGUAACUGUUUUCCUUUCCAAUGUUUUCCAAAUUACUUACUUAAAGCCACAGUCUGUGAUGUGUACUAUUCCUUUGACCAUCAUGAAUGGUCCUUUAACAUGCCGUUUGACAAUUGUGUUCAAGUGCUGGUAAUUACAGGUGUGUGCUAAAAUGCAUACAAACAACAAAAAUAUAAAAACUGACAUUUCAAAUGUGAUCAUGCUUGUCACCAGCCCUUGUUCUUAUGUCUCAUUCAAAUUUAAUUUAAAAUAUAUAAGUUUUCAAAAUUUAUAAAUAUUAGUCUGCCUGUCUCAAAAUGGUCAUCAUUAAAUUUAUGCGCAGGUUAAAAGUACACAUUUAGUUAGGAACUGCAGACAUGUAAACAUUCCCAGGCAAAUUGCAAAACACUGGUGUUAUAAUCCAAUUUGUAGUUUACUAUUUUUUAAUUUAUUUUUCUCUACUUAUUGUACCAUAAUUGUAACUUUGAUUUUUAAUGUCAAAGCAUUACACAUUUAUUGAUGAUUGUUUUAUGUGCAUGCAUACCAGUAUAAAUGUGCAAAAUGAAAAGGUGUCUACUGAGUUUGUUUACAAAACCGCUUUUUUGUAUGAUUCUUCAUUCAAGAAGUUAUAAUUGCAAUGUCCCUAAAUUUAAUCAGGUUGCAUA